AUGAGUGAAAAUAGAUAUAUUAAUAUGACGCAAAAAGAAAAGGAUAAUUUAUGUGAUGGUAUAAAUUUUCAAAAUACUUUAGAACAAUUACAAAUUCUGGAUCAGCGUAAUCAAUCUCCAUCAUUAAAACGGCAUCGGACCAAUGGAAGUGAAUAUCAAUAUGAUGAUGAUCGCGACAUUGUAAACAAUGAUAAUGGAAAUUAUUAUCAACAACAACAAAAAAACUCCAGAUACAAAAAAAGAAAUAAUUACUCGAUAACUGAUCAAUCAUUAACAACCAAUAGUAGAACAUUUACAAAUUCAAAUUCAAAUACCACCAUAAAUAGAAUUUCUCAACAACGUAGGAAUACAAUAGGUGAUAGCAACGACUCAUAUAAUAAACACUAUGAAAAUCAUGAAGAUGUAUUUCGUAUUUCAAAUCAAGCACUGACCUAUGCAGCAUCAACACAUCUGCAGCCUAUUAAAAUAGAAUGUGAGCCAAAGAUGAAAGAUCAAAAGGAAGCAGCUAAAUUCAUUCAACAUUUCUUUAAAUUUAUCGAAAAAGAUUUUUACCUACAGAAUAUUAAUCAUAAAAAACCGGCUGGUUUUGAACAAUGGUGGAUUGACAAGGAAGGUAAUAUUCAAGGAACAACAAAAGUAAUUGAUUUAUAUGUAUUUUUAUGCAACCCACAACGUUAUCCAAAAGAAAUUAAUGAUAUUAAAAUUACUCCUCAUCCACCCAAACAUCUACCUCCACAAAGAUCUGUCAUUUUAAAAUGGAUUAAAAAUUCAAUUUCACGUAAUGAACUAAAAGAAGAAUUAGAAUUUAAAUUUAAAUCAAUUUAUUCUAUACAAGAUAUUAUUGGAACUCUGAAUACACGAAAUAGACAUGUACGAAUUGAUUUUCAAGAUGAAACGGAAUAUAAUACAAUAUUGAAUAGUGGUAAAGUAUCCAUUUAUGGUCAAUUAAUUGAUUGCGAUGAGUAUCUUCCUGCACCAAAAUUAUUAAUAUGUUCUAAAUGCAACACACCUGGACAUACAAAAAGAGUAUGUACAUAUUCACAAGUUGAAUUAUGUAGAAGGUGUGGUAAAGAUCGUAAUGGAAAAGAAGAUCACAAUUUAUGUGAGGUAAAAUGUCACCAUUGCGGUGGACCGCACACCUCAACUGAUUAUUCAUGUCCAUUUAUUCAAAAAUAUCGUCGCGAACUUGUACUUGAAUUAAGAAAUCGUCCCGAUUUACUUCCUGCUGAAGCUCAGCUAUUUAUACCAACUGAAUGUCGUGAAAGUGGUAAAAUAACAAAGAUUUUAAAAAAUAAAUCAGCACAAUAUCAACAAUUUAAUAAAAAUCAACAUUAUCAAUCAUUUAAUCAUCUCAGUUCGGAUCAUCAAAAUCAAUGGCCUUCAUUACCAUACUCAUCAUAUUACUCAUCAAAAUCAGAUUCAAAUACGAACGUAAAUGAAACGAUCAAAUCACUAAAUGAUGAACUAAAAACGUUAAAAGAAACCUAUGCUGCUGAACAAAAAAAAUUAGAAGAAAAAUACAAAAACCAUUUAAAUUCAAUGAAUCAAUGCUGGCUAAUUAUGCAACAACAAAUUCAAACUCAAACUGAAAUGUUCACUUCAAUGGAUGGUAUUAUUAAUUCUAUAGUAUUUUCUACAUGUACAAGUUUAAUGGAAAGUUUAACUCAAAUUGUCAGAAAAUUAAAAAAUGAUAAUAAUCAAAAUGAAUUUGAACCAAUACUUCUUCUAUUACAACAACAGCUUCUUCUUACUAAUGAUAAAAAAUCCACGUACAUAUCGCAUCAAAUGAAAUUAAAUCAAUUAGCUGAAAAACAGCGUGCAGUACUUGAUAUAGCAUUGAAUUCAAUUAUCAAACAACCAAAUGAACUGUGA